GGUUUUUUUUUUUAAAGUUUCCUUAGUACACCGACUUUGGGAAGUUUAUAUGUUUUGAUUUUGCAUUAAUUGUUAAGCGAGUAAAGAGAUCACCGCAAAAUUUUAAAACACUGGAUAAUAAAUAAUAAAUGUCCGUUUCCAUCUGUAUUUAUUCCUCCUAACAAACAAACAACUGACAAAAGCGAGAACUGCUUUCGAGGAAGCAUAGACACAAUCAACGUGCAAUCUGUCAAUACUUGUUUUGAACGACAAAAACUACAUAUCAGAGGGAAGAGAAAAUUUCGGAGGGAAGAGAAACAGACAAGAAAUCUAACACGUCAGUUUUGCUGAAUCUGCAGAGGAAAAAUGAAGACAUUUAUACGGACAAACAGUUGUUCAUACCGGACACGGUUCUGUACUGGAAAUGAAAUUAACAGAACUCGAUUUGAACGUCAACAGUCUUGCAACUUGUACCGUACACAGAAAUCUUCAAGCAACACAAAAUACAAUCAGUCAGGAGACGAAGUUGAUGGUAUAUAUCUUAUGGAAAGGUGUGAAAUAAUAAUGUCCAAAGCACCAAAAAGUUUACCUGCUUCGUUCAACAAGAUGUCCCCUGAUGAACAACCUUUGCUUAGUGAUAGGACCAUUUUGCACCGGUUUGGCAUAGUGAAUGAUAAGCCGGGCCAAAAGUCUUCAAUAUUCAUACUACAUAAUUAUGAAGGGCGCCCAGUAUUAGAUGAGUUUGGGGCAGAGUUAUGGACCUUUCAGAGCAGCAGGAAAGAUGGCAUUGUCUACAACCACCAUUUCCUUGUAAAUGUUAAAACAGAUGGGCCAGCGGCAAUAAUGAAAAUCAGUAAUUAUGAUGAAAUAGUUCUACUUAACAACAGUUUUGUACCUGAUCUGACACAUACCGACGUACGAAACCUGUUCCAUAAAGUCAAGAUCGAUGGAAUGACAAGGUUCAAAUUAAUCAUUCGCCGUGUGGUAGAAGUCAGAUCGAAGAAGCAGUGGGAAUGGAUAGAUACUAGCGCCGUACUCGCCCCUGACGCCUUUCAGAAACAUGAUAACUACCCGACAGUAGAAGCACCGAAAGUUACACAGUUGCCAGGAGAUGUAUAUGAAAUGAGAACUAUUCAGUUUUUCAAAAUUCCAGGAACGCAAUAUUACCUUGAUAUCAAAAACGAAUCUGUAGUUGCCGAUGUUUUGACCAACACAGACGCUGAUAAAACAAAACGGAUUUGCAAAAUAUUGCGAUACAGUAUGAAGUCAGAUGGGCUGUUACACUUUACAGCUGCUCUAUGUUCCACAAUUAACACAAGAUACAUUGUUGUUGGGCAGGGAAACCAGAUAGAAUUAGAUAAAAAUCCAAUGUGGUUCGAAGUGUUAAACACUGGCAAUAACAUACAGUUUAAGAUGAAAGAUAUGUUCUUGGCAUUCAACUCUAAGACUCUCAAGAUAGAAGUGGGCCACUCAGAAUACAUGUUUUCUGAAUUCCCCGCGGAUGAGGGUUUGGAUCAUCCCGAUAUUUCAGUUUCGAUCCCGAGUGAUAACUCAUCAUUAUGCUUCGAUACUCGCCUGUCAUCAUCAUCCAAUGACAUACCAGCAUGUAACUCAGUACCUCCAUCCCAAGCGCUUUCAAUACAGUACAAGCGUUUACUGAUACGGAUAGCGGAAUGAAAUUAGAUUUUCAUGUCAACGGAAGUGGAUACACCACAUGUUCAGAAAUGCUGAAAACACCGGUACAUUCACUAGUUAUAGUUUUCUGGCCGAAAACUAACUUGUCAAAGCUGUGACAAACCAUAUGUAAAUAAUUUGAUUUUGGAAAGAGAACGAAGAGACAGCUAUCCAAUUAACAGUAGGGCGCCGCCGUCUAGAAGGAACCUUUUCCUAAGCUAAACCUUGUUCUACAAAUUCAUUUGAAUAUGAAUAAAAGAUGUUGAGUUUUAAAUUGAGUGUAUGUGUAUAUUUACUAACAAAUAAUGCAAUUUUGUAGUACUUGCUAAACUGUGUCAAGCACGUUUCCACUAUUUUUAACUUACCAGAAUAGAUUUAUACCUGAACUCUUAUACACUUCAUCACAGUACUUUUUCGUAUGUAGUAAGAGAAUAUGAAUUAGAAUUUGAAACGGAA